AUGGGAGACGAAAUCGUGGAGCAAAGGAAUAGCCAAGCUAGAGCUUUGAGGGAUUAUGCUAUGCCCUCUAUUCAUGGAACACCCUCCAGCAUUACUAGACCAACCAUAGGGGCAAAUAAUUUUGAGAUUAAGCCAGCUAUUAUUCAAAUGAUUCAAAUCUCUAUUCAAUUUAGCGGGUUACCAAGCGAUGACCCCAAUGCUUAUAUGGCUAAUUUUUUAGAGAUUUGUGAUACUUUUAAGCAAAAUGGUGUCUCUGAUGAUGCGGUUAGACUUAGGCUAUUUCCUUUUUCAUUAAGAGAUAAAGCUAAGUGUUGGUUGAACUCUUUGCCCGCAGGUUCCAUUACAGCAUGGGAUGAUUUGGCACAGAAAUUUCUCAAUAAAUUCUUUCCACCUGCGAAAACUGCAAAGAUGAGAAAUGAUAUAACCAAUUUCAUGCAAGCAGACAUGGAGAAUUUAUAUGAAGCAUGGGAGCGGUUUGAAGAGUUGUUAAGAAGAUGUCCUCAUCAUGGGCUUCCAAAGUGGUUAGUGGUUCAAACAUUUUAUAAUGGUUUAAAUCAUAACACUCGGAUUACUAUUGAUGCAGCUGCAAGAGGAGCUUUAAUAGGAAAAGAGACUGAUAAAGCGUAUAACCUUCUAGAAGAGAUGGCCAACAACAACUAUCAAUGGUCAUCUGAAAGAUCUAUGCCAAGAAGAACAAUUGGAGUACAUGAGAUUGAUGCGAUGACAGCAUUGAAUGCAAAGGUAGAUAAUCUUUUUAAGAAAAUCGACCAGUUAAAUAUUAACUCUAUUCAAUCUUGUGUGCAAGCUUGUGAGAUUUGUGCUGGUCCUUAUGUUACCUAUGAGUGUCAAGCCGGGAUAUAUUUUAUACCUCAACCAUCUGAGCAAGUCAACUAUGUGGCUAAUGAAGGAGGAAGGCAAUUCAAUCCCAAUGCAAACACUUAUAAUCCAGGAUGGAGGAAUCACCCCAAUUUUUCAUGGUCCAAUAAUCAGAAUGUGUUGAAGCCUCCAAUAGGAUUCCAACAACAAGAAAAGAAGCCUUCAUUGGAAGAUUUAGUGGCUACCAUGGCUAAGACGACUUCAGAUUAUAUGGCUAGGACAGACACUAUGUUUCAAAAUCAGCAAACUGCCAUCAGAAAUCUAGAAAUGAAAAUUGGCCAAAUAGCCAAUAUGGUGAAUAAUAGAGCUCAAGGAACGCUACCAAGCACAACAGAAAAUAAUCCAAAAGAGAAGUGCAAAGCAAUAAAGUUGAGGAGUGGAAAGCAAGUGGGGCAAGAUGAAUAA